CCCUCCUUAUAUAAUUCACAGUCCCAAGUCGCAGCACAGUCAUCUAUUCUCCAAGCUCCCAUGGCGGCAUUUCCCACCCCAUUUCAGGCUCUGUUUAUUUCUUCCCUUUUCCUCUUCCUCCUCCCCAUUCCGGCCUAUAAAAUCGGCAAUGGCUACCGUCUCAUUUCCGUCAACAAGGCACCCGCCGGCGGCAUUCUCGCCUUCCUCCAACUCAACACCCCAUCCCAAAUUUACGGCUCCGAUAUCCCUUUCUUACAGCUCUUCGUCAAGCACGAGACAGACGACCGUCUUAGAGUCCACAUCACCGAUGCCAAGAAAAAACGAUGGGAAGUUCCGUACAAUUUAUUACCGAGACAACCCCCGCCGGCGCCGAGGCGGGCCAUCGUUUUCCCCAAAAAUAACAUAACAAU